AUGUCUGGCUCUCCUCAUACCGAAGAGCCAUCGGUGACAUCUGGAGAGCCUAAUCCUGUGGUAUAUCCCACAGUAACUUCACCGCAGACAACAACCGCGGAUUCUCCCAUCCCUGCAGUUUCCGGUCCAUCACUGCCGCCGGCGGUAGUGAAUGACUCUCUACUAGCAUCUAUCCCUCCCCGAUAUGGUGAUCAGGCUCCUCCGCCUGCAUUCACUAGGUCUCCGAUUCAGCAUCAACAUCAACAUCAUCACCAUCACCACCGACAUCAACAUCAGCAGCAGCUUGAACUUCAGCAUCACCACCCUGGAGCACCAUCCUACCCAUUGUCAACGCUGGAAUCUACUGUAACCGGAUCCUCAAACCGUUCAUUAGCACAGAAAUCGACUCGACGCACCAAAGCCCAUGUAGCUUCAGCCUGUGUGAAUUGUAAGAAGAAGCAUCUUGGAUGUGAUCCAGCAAGGCCAUGUCGACGAUGUGUUCUAGCUGGGAAAGCUUCUUCCUGUGUGGACGUUACACACAAGAAGAGGGGGCGGCCACCAUUGAAAGCUGAAGACUCUUCCCUUCGGUCUUAUACAACACACAUGGAAAAUCCAAACGUCUCAGUUGAAGCUCAAUCCUCGUCCAUGGCCGCCCAACGAACCGUCCUUCACCGAGCCACUUCGUCUCGCGAACUUCGACCGAUGACUGACCUCCAGGCGAUGGGUGAACCCUCUCCAACUGCAGCAACGAUGCGGAUGCCACGCAAUCAACCCCAUAGAUGGUCUGCGUCUGUAUUUCCCUUGACUCGUCCGAUGGAUCCAUCUCCGCCGAUGCCAGGCAAUGCAGGACGACGACCAUUUUCAUCUUCAGGCCCUGCCUCUUACGCAGCAGUACCACCGCAUCCGCCGCCUGCAUUUAUCCCAAUGACAAGUGGAUUUAAUCCAGUACUGAAUCCAUCAGCCGUUCCCCCUGGAAUGGAUAGACGGUAUCCUCCAUAUGGAGGCCCAGCUUUGCCACCGCCAACAUCGCCUCUGCAACACCAACCAGGAGGGACUCCAUACCUACCAUAUACCGAGUCGCCAGCAAGUACAGUCCAUCAACCGAUGAGUGAUCCUCGUAUGCCCCCAGGUCCUCGUGAGCCCUACCUCGAAUCCCCUGUUCGGCUUCCUCCAAUCCACCAAGCAACCGCCAGUCCGGUCUCCUACCACGCCCACCGGCUAAGUGAUCCAUACCCGGCCACUUGGAUGAAUUCGAGUUCCAGUCGCGAAGAGAAUCGUGAACCGCGAUCACCCGUUACGCUGCAGAGACCGGUUGGGUCGCUAUUUUCGCACACGACACCACGUCAGCACCAGAGAUCCAUCUCCUCCACCGGUCCUCUUGACCCGAUUCCUCGACAUCUUGGACCUAUCGACUUACCCUCCUCCGUUCCUCUUGGUCACUCGCCCCCGAUACCAGUACAACAGCACGCACCAUCUAGCACUGAGGCCGAAAUUGGCGAAUCAAGACCCAUCAAACGGCGAAGAAUGGCUUUAGACGAUAUGGUCAAUGGCUAG